AUGUCACCAUCCCUCGCCAAGCCAGUUGCAGUGUCAGGCCGUGACCCUCGCCACCUCAAGCACAAACGCCGCUACUGCCGGAUGCAAGGUUGCGAACGCAUUGUCAAAUCCCAAGGAGUCUGCCAACGCCAUGGCGCCAAACCAAGACUCUGCAAGGUGGAAGGCUGCGGAAAGCAAGCCCAAGGCAAUUUCGAUCGCAUGUGCAAGUCUCAUUUCAAGGCCAUGAAGCGAAUCACUACGCCCAUUCCGAAGGUCAAUGCAAGUGCACCUCCUCCUGCUCCUGAAGGAAGCAGCGUCUACGAUAGUGUCUUGCCCUUUAGCAUUUCCUACAUUCCCUCCACAGAGACUGUCAAUCCAUUGGUGGCCCAUCUCAAGGCUGGAUUCGAUGGACUCAAGCCACCCGCAUGGCACCGGAACGAGGAACGAAGGGCCCGGGGACUCCUUCCCAUUGAUAACACUGCCGCCCAACUGGAAGGGUGGGAACGAGAACUAGUCUGGAUGGAGAUUUUGGUCCUCACGGGUGCUCCCAGAGCCUCCUUUCGGCAUUUGGCACGAGCCUGGGGGCGUGACAAGGGAUUCCACAUGGUCCUGGCACAGUUCAUUUGCGAACGUCAAGGAGACGUUCGCCGCAAGCAACGGCAACAGGCAAUGAAACCCAAGGCCUCUAUCAAGAAGCAGCAACGACCCAAAGGAAAGAGUAAGGUUUCAAUGUCUUCCGAGAUUUCGGAUGAUUUCGGUGAUGAUGACAAUGCCUUUGCCGACGAUAUCUUCAACUUUACCGUGGAAGAAUUUGAAGUCAUUACCUCCAAAUGGAACGAUACCUUUACAGAGGUAUCCUCAGGUUCCUCCUCCAUUGGUGCCCCACCAGAAUCAUCCUCAUCAUCAUCCAACGCCUUUGUUCAACAACAACCACAACAACAACAGCAGAACCUGAAUCAUCCCUAUUCUACCGAGCAACAGCAGUUGAUGGGAGAUCAAUUACAUCUCAUUCCUCCCAAUCCUACUCCCGAUGAUUCCAAACGUAGUGCUUCCCAAUAG